AUGCACUUUCCACUGCCAGAACCAGCGCCCAGUCGGGUCGCACAAGUGUGCUUUCGGUCCGACGACCCGGGUGCAGCUUCAUUACUCGGUAUCCCGCCCGAACUUCGCAACCAGAUCUAUGAGUACUUACUCGUAGAUCCCCAAUCUGUCACCAUUGGGGCUGAACUUCACGACGAUAAUACUAUAAGCACGGUUAACGACUUUGCGGGAAGCUCUGGCAUUAUCCAUACCUGCCGUCAGAUCUACCAUGAGGCACUAGGCAUUCUUUAUGGCCAGAAUGUCUUUCGCUUCCAGUGGAGCGUACACCGCGAAAAAGUUUUACCCUUUCCCAUUAUCGUCGCUGAUCCAGUUAAGACCUAUAAAGACUGGGUCUACGAUGUUGGGUCCUGCCUCUCAGUAUUCCGCACUGUUACCAUCGAUACGGGUGUACCCAGAGCAGCAGUCACAUACGACGACCUUGAGAUCGAAUUUGAGCUCCACCCAGAUGCGUACACGGAUGGCACUGCAACUACACCGACUCUGGGGUCACUCGACAUUUACUGGGACGAGAUUGCAAGCAACAUCUCAAUUAAAUUCGAGAACACAAAGAAAACAAGACGGUCCAUUGCAUAUUCGGGUGCUAAAGAGCUGGAGGGGCUACAUUUCAACUUCGAGCGCAUUACCAACGUUCUCCUUCAGCUAGGAAAGAAUGAUUCACUAGGUUUGAAGGGAACACGCCGCUUGCUUCAACAAGUUCAUGUGGACCCAGGCGGCAUCCAAGGUACCAUUCAAUAUCGGCAGACCAGUCAUAGAACCAACGUCUGCCGCAAGUUUCGUUUAUCAGAAGGCACUCAGACAUACGAGCUUGUCCCUCCGUCAAGUCCAUUGAGUCUGCUCGACCUACCUACCGAGCUCAUCACUGGUAUCGUUGAGCUUGCACUUACUCAUCACAAAGUCACUUACAACUUUGACACGGGAAUCACGCAUGGACAUGGAUUCGGCUUGCUUAACGUCAAUAAACAACUUCGCAAAAUGGUCCGCCCAUACUUUCUUUCUAAGACUCGCUUCACCCUUUUCCUGGGUUGCGAUACUUCGCUGGCUACGAAGGCAUCGUAUGGAGUACUCGAGCGUCGCAUCGCAGAAUUUUUCGAGGAUGUUUAUGGUUGCGUCUCUUACAUGAGAUACUGUACUCCGAUUGAGGCGGCCCUGUGUCACGGGAACAAGCCGACCAUCAUUCUGCAGUUCACGACUGCCAACCACAUCCAGAUCAACGCAUGGGAUCUCCUGUGGACCACUACAAUCCUCCCGCCCAGUACUACAAUCAUAGUUCGCGUACACGAUUGUAGUGACAAUGUCCAUGUCACGACACUAGAUGAGAUUCGGAGAUACGCCCUAGUAUUCUUGGAGGAUCUCAUGGACAAAGCACCCCCACAGUCCUAUUGGAGCACAGUCGAGUUUUGGCUCAAUGAGCAGUGCCUUCCCGUGAGAGCCACCAUCCAGGGAGAGCAUCAGGGAUCGCAGUAUGCUUGUGGGGAUGUGGUAGAUGUCUCGAAUAUGAUGGAUGUUACCGCUUUGCACAACGCAGUCGAGGCAAGAGAGUGGAGACCAUACGGGACGUUGGAUGGGUUCAGAAGCAUCACUCAAUCGACAAGCUGGGGUCAUGAGACGUUUGAUGACCUUGUUAAGUGUCUUCGAUCCCUUUGCCUUUGA